CUCUUGCCAUUUCCCUGUUUCCCUCUCUCCUUGGCUCCUUCUUCGAGUGGGAUAAAGCUUCUGCGCCCACCUCGUCAACUCCGAACCAUCCAUCACUCACUCACAUUACACUACACCGCCCAAAAGCACCAGAGUUCCUCUGCUGCUCUGCUGCUCUGCCGCUCUGCCGCUCUGCAACCUACAACCUCCAUACACACAAACCCAACACAAUGGCGACAGAGCGCGCUUAUUCUUACGGACGUGGUGGUGCCGGAAACAUCACAAGAGACGACCCCAACGGUCAAACCACCACCGCUGACCUCGCGACUCCAACCCUCAAGUCGGAUCACUACACCACUGGCCGCGGCGGCACAGGAAACAUGGCCCGCAACGAUCCCAACUUCCCUGAAAUCGCUCGCGCCUCGCAAGACGUCGAAGCUCCUGUGCACCGCGAGCCCGAGGGUCCCCAUCACUACGGCCGCGGUGGUGCUGCGAACGUCGCACACCCCUCCGAGGAGGAGAAGCGCGCCGCUGCUGAGGCGAAUCGUAGGAAGAGCGAGGAGCGGAAGCGCGAGGAGGGUGCUGCUGGCAAGGGCUUGGUUGACAAGGGCAAGGAAUUGCUCAACAAGUUUGGCAAGAAAUGAGUUGGUGAACGGCAAUGGGUGCACCCUUGCUUCGCUUCUUGUUCUAGGCUACGCAGCUUCAUGAAGCGCGUACUCCUGCGACAACGAAGAGAGAGAAGCUUUUGUUUCGACGUGUUCUCAAUCAUGCGGUUUUUUGCGCUGGUGUCAUCGAUGGAUUCUUUCAGCUGCUCCGGACCCAUCGGGUUUUCUUUCCUCCUUUCCUUCCUUUCUUACGGUUUCAGUACAGAGCAUGCCGGCUAUGAUACCCCCACAACCUGGUGCAAGCCUUCUUUGCUCUUUCUUACACAUCAGUCCUCUUUUCUCAUUUUCGACGGGGUUUGGGAGUUUCUCUUACACUUGCUCAUGAGGUAGAAAUGCUUGAUCUUCUCUUCUUCUCUGUCUGGAAUACAUAUAAUACCCCGGAUGCCGCAGGAAUUCAUGAAACACAGAAAUUGACCAAUCAAUAAGAAGAACGAGUCCCUCACUUCAGUCUCUUCCACACUCCUGAUUGCGCAAAGUGUGAAUUAAAUUGGAUGUCAAUGGAAUUCUCCAUUAAUCAUGCAAGCCGAGCGUCAAACUCACGAUUAUUCACGCUUUUGCUACAAGUCUGCGGUCUACUCCGACAUUCUUUGAACUACCGCACAUCCCCCGCCGAUCGUCGUUAUAUCCGCUCCCGUCUUGUUAGUGAACGCGCAUAUCCGAGGGAAGAAAACACUAGGGAUAGCGUUAUAUUGGUAUAUACAGUAGGUGAUAGGACGAAUUCGCUGGCGCUUAGCAGUGUUUCU